AUGUUUGUCAAGAUCGUUCGAAAAAGCCUUCGUCCCACUUUUCUCUUCCGUAGAUAUGCAACUGGUCAAGAUAUAUCUACCCUUCUUUUGGUAGAGCAUAGAGAUAAUGAAAUUGCUUCCUCCACCUUAAAUGCUCUAACUGCAGCAAAUAAACUUGGUGGAAAUAUAACUGCUCUUGUCUCGGGUGAAAACCCUGAUCCUGUAGCAGAAAAAAUUUCGAAAUAUAGAGGAAUAUCCAAGGUGUUACUUGCAAAAGAUAAACUUUAUGAACACGGACUUGCAGAAGUUUAUGCUCCACUUUUGGUGAAUGCCCAGAAAAAACUUAAUUUUACUCAUUUUGUGGCUUCUCAUUCAGCAUUUGGAAAAAACAUUAUGCCUCGUGUUGCUGCACUUUUAGAUGUUGCUCAAAUAUCCGAUGUUAUUGAUAUAGAAUCUCCGGAGAUAUUCAUUAGACCCAUUUAUGCCGGUAAUGCCAUUGCUAAGGUAAAAUCAAAAGAUCCUAUAAAAGUUAUUACUAUUCGAGGGACUUCAUUUCCUCCUGCUGAGGUUAAUGAAAAUAAAGCUAUCACCGAAUCGGCACCUGAUUCUGAUAAGAUACCACUUUCCGAGUGGGUUAACGAAGAACUUUCAAAAAGUGAUCGUCCUGAACUCGAAACAGCAACAAAGGUUGUAUCUGGAGGUAGAGCAUUAAAAAGUAAAGAAAAUUUUAAAUUGGUUUACAGUCUCGCCGAUGCUCUUGGUGCUGCCGUUGGUGCUUCAAGAGCUGCCGUUGAUUCAGGUUAUUGUGAUAAUUAUUUACAGGUGGGGCAAACAGGAAAAGUCGUUGCUCCAGAAUUAUAUUUAGCAGUUGGUAUUAGUGGAGCCAUACAACAUAUUGCCGGAAUGAAAGAUAGUAAAAUUGCAGACUAUGGACUUGUCGCAGAUCUGUUUAAGGCUGUUCCCGAGUUGACAGAUAAAUUGAAGAAAUAA